GAAGACUAAAGCCAGGUGCCAGGAAGCUUCUAGGAAGCGGCAGCUGCUGAUUUGCGCGGAGGCGGAGAAGCAGAAGUCAAAGGGGAUUCUGAAGGCGAAGGUGACGAAUUUUUCUCAUCUUGUGGACCAUGUGGAAUCCCAAUCCAGGCCAGCCUGGUACCUACCCUGGGGCAGCCUAUCCUCCCAACUCUUCCUACCCUGCUGGCUCCAAUCCCGCGUAUCCUCCUGCAGUGAAUCCUGGUUUCCCCCCAGGACCUGUCCCUGGUGGCUCGUAUCCUGUUCCCCCAGCAGGGAUCCCAGGCCAGCCCGCCUACCCUCCGGGCCAGCCUAUUCAGCCCCUGUAUCCUGGACACCACCAGCCUGGCUACCCUGUCCCACCUGGUGGCCCCUACCCUCCGCCUGCCCCGGGGAUGCCAGGAGGGAUGGGGAUUAACCCGUUGCUGCCUGGAGCUGUUGUUGUGGGCACCCACGUGAUGGAUAAGAAGGAAGCGAAGAAGAUGAGGAAGAAGAUGAAGAAGGCUCACAAGAUGCACAAACCACAUAAGCUCCACAAGCUGCACGGCAAGCAUUCCUCCUCCUCUUCGAGCAGCAGUGAUUCUGACUGAGACUUCUCCCUGCCUUCCAGCUGUACCCAAGAAUGCCGAUCCGCUUCCUGCUUCCAUCCAAUGCUAAUCUAUUGAAUAAUCACCAGAUAAGAAUUGACUCCUCCUUGCCACUCGUCCUGUUCUGGCAGGUUUGGGCCAAAAUGUUAAGAUUAUCCUACUGGCAUGUGCCACUGCAUGCAAUGCCUGAUGGGAACUCUGGUGGUGUUGAUUAAAUAUGGCUGGAGUGAUCAGCUGCUAUGCUAGAGCAGGAGACCAUCAAGCUGGUAUGAAGAGCACUGGAAAAUGUAAACGCUAUGAUGGCGGCCAUAGCUUUCAGAAAAUGCAGACUGACCAUCCCUGCAACCAAUCAAGUAAUUCCUCAAUGCCUUGAAGCUUUCUGGUUGGCUCCCAAAUGCCUGCAGAGACCUAUCACUUCAUUACUUUAAACUGAAGUUUGAUUGUAGAAUGAUGGCUCUGAGUUGGCUGAAGUGCUUCUGAGAUCUCCCUUACUCCCGAAAUGAUUGUUUGCCCUUUCCGUUUUACAUGAGGAAACAGUAAAUCAAAGGAGAGACUUCUCCCGUAUUUGAACUGUAUGUGACAAAUGCUUGCCACUCACUAUGAACUGGCAUUACAGGCAACUUACAAUAGCAAAUAAAACAGGUUUAAUCAGGGAUAAUGAUGCACUUCAUAUGUGCAUGUUUUAAGGCCUUUUAAUGUUAUUUGAGGGGCAAAUUAAUUAGUUCUUCAUAGGACUGCUGAGGAUAAAAAUCUUGUUUCGAAUAUAUCCUAGAAGGUUGUUUAUUUCAGCCUGGGUGUUCAUCACUCACAUUAUGAUUAAUUUUAAUAUUACAUUCGAAGGGAGCAAUUCUUGUUGGUCCAGAGCAGGUAUCUGGCUUGAGGAAGUUAGAAAUGUCUAACAUAUUAUCACAAGGGGUAUGUGCAGCGAUAUGAUUUUUACAUAUCCAUUCCAUUUUCCAUUCCAUUUGAUGGGAGCAUGUCUUGACUUUGUCUUUAACCCAUUCUUGACCCUGUAGCUGGUGCUGGUGUUCUGUAGAGAAAGGACUGCUCAGAUAGCAUUCAGGUGUAGAUCUUAGGCUUGGAGGAAGACCAGUCAAAAGUGGGCAGAGCUGUAGCCUGCCUUUACAUGACUUUUCUGGACCUCUUGGACUAAGGUGACUGACAUUUGCCAGGAUGGGUGCUUCUGCUGCUUUGUUAGGCACAGGAAAGGAUGUCAGAAGCCCCAAGAGAUUACUUUGACCGCUUGUUUCCUAUUUUGUGAAUUCCUUCCACCACCACCCAUCUCCAGCUGUAAAAAUAUGUGUGUCCAAUGCUC